AUUCACAAGUUUGCAAACUUUUAUUCAUGGAUACCCACCUUCUUCUAUUCUCCAUCUCCUAGAGUCAAACCCUUCUCAAUCCUCUCUUUUCCAUCAUUCUUCCACCUCUUAGUUCCAAUUCACUAGAAUAUCAUAACCCACCAAUCAAAAUCUCAACUUUCAGAAACCCAUUUCAUUUUUUCUUCAUUCUCUUUUAUAUGCAGAGAUUUUCUGCCUUCACAUGUGUCAGCAAAGUUUCAGAAUAUUGAUGAAUGGAACCCAGAAACAAUGGCUGAACUUCUAUUAGCAUUUUCAUCAUAAUUCUCUUCAGGAAAACAAAAAGAGGUUCCUGAAUCACAUCACAUGCAAUGAAACCUUAGCUGAUACUCUCUACACACAGUUUUUGGAAUUGAGCAUUAUAUACAACAAAGCUCAAUUUUGUGUCUUUACUUCCCCUCAUACUGCAUUAUUGGGCUUGUGAUCUUCACCAUGGCAACCACUUUUAAAGGAUUUUACAAGAGUUUGAAAUACAUUACUCAGAUAUUUGUUGUGAAGGAGCGGGAAUUGGAAAUUGGGUACCCGACCGAUGUUAAGCAUGUGGCUCAUGUUGGAUGGGAUGGUCCCUCAGGGAAUGGACCUAGUUGGAUGGAUGAUUUCAAAACAGCUCCUGAUUUUUCAACAUCUAUUGGUAACCUGGGUGAACUUAGGAACCCAAAUCCUGUGGCUGCCACUAAAUUAUGGUCCUCCUUAGAUAAUCAACAAUCAUCAGACAUUUACAAAGGCAUCUCAACUGCAGAGGGUACUCAUAUUCCAGAGAAGCCCAAACAUAAAAAGGUUAAGUCGACUUCCUCUUCCCGUUCACCAUCUUCUUCAUCAAGACGAUCAAGAGCAGCAAAGUCAAAGGCUUCGUUCGGUGAGAGAGAAGCAACACCAAUUUGUCUGAUGUAGCAGAUUCGAGACUAGGAAGUUAGCGACAGAAACAAAUUUGGCAUCACCAUAGCAAACUAAAUACUCCUUUCCGGAAACACACGGAAGAAAAUAAAUAAAGAUGACAGUGAAAGUUUUCCUGGCUUCUAGUUGGUUAAGUUUUCGUGCGAAAAUGGGAUUUUUAACGAGUGUUCGGCUUUCUCUGAAUUAUAUGCUGACCUCGAAUUCAUAAGCUGUAUUGUCAAAUUUGAAGAUUUAAAGAAAUGACAUGGUGGUGUGUAGUAGUUGAAUGUGCAUUCUGUAACGUGUUUUUUAGACCUGAAUCUUCUACCAUUGUUAUAUGGUGCAACAACUAUAGGACUAUUAGAUUUAGAUAGAUAAACUUUAUUUUUUUAAAAUUUAAUGGUCCGAUGCGCCUUAAAGCAAUUGUAGGGGAUUCAAUUUGAUGUUUUUUGUUGUUUAUUAAUAGUUCAUUCAUACAAAAUCUUAUGAAUCUUUGAGCAUGCACAGAGGUGCCAAAAAAAGAAAAAGAAUUGCUGUGUUAAA